UCGGCUUUGCAAGGGUUAAAAGGAGCAAAGCCGGAUUCCUAGAGAGGACAGGAAGUGAAGGGGGAGUCAAGGUCCUCCGUGGCUAAAUUCCCCCCUCCCACAUCCCUUCCUGCCGGCAGAGAGGAGGCUGCUUUCUGCUCUCGCCUUUGCAAAAAGCUUCCUCGGUGCCCCUCCUGGAAUUGGGACCCUGCAGCUUGUUUGGCUUCUCGACUCCUCAGGAAGGAUGAAAGAGACGGAUCCUGCAAAGCUAGCGAAGAUGGAAGGGGGAAGAUGGACGGUCGACCUGGUGAGGUUGUCUCCUGCAUCCCUCCCCACAACCUCUGAGCGUUCCCUCCCAGGGACCUCCGAGAGAUCUGGUGAGUCCCAGGGGAGUGAAGAUGGGGACAUGGAGGGAUGGAGCCAGAGAGACAAGGCGUGGAUAUUGCUGGAUCCUGACCAAAGAGCUCUGCAUAAGGAAGCCAAGGAAGAGAAUCUUGGGAUCAUGGACUCCCACGAUGGUGAUGGAUUGGAAGGGAAGAACAAGGGGGGCCACAACAGAAUCCACAUAGUGGAGAAGUCGUAUAAAUAUUCAGAUUGUGGAGAGAACAUCCGUCAGAGCUCCCAGUCCACCUCCUAUCAAAGAAAGAGCUUCGUUCGGAGGGAUAGCCUGACUUCACACGAAAAAACUCGCAGUGGAGAUAAAUUGUAUCAGUGCUUGGAAUGUGGAAAGAGCUUCAGUCGGAAGGAUAGUCUCACUACCCAUCAAAGAAUUCAUACAAGGGAAAAACCCUUUCAGUGUUUGCAGUGUAGAAAGUGCUUCAGUCAGAGGAGCAAUCUCACUUCCCAUCAAAGAAUUCAUACAGGGGAGACACCCUAUAAGUGCUUGGAAUGUGGAAAGAGCUUCAGAAACAGCUCAUAUCUCACUUACCAUCAAAGAAUUCAUACAGGGGAGAAACCCUAUCAGUGCCUGGAAUGUGGAAAUAGCUUCAGGCUGAGCUCAGAGCUCACUUCCCAUCAAAGAAUUCAUACAGGGGAGAAACCCUAUCAGUGCUUGCAAUGUGGAAAGAGAUUCAGUCAGAGGCAGAGUCUCACUUCUCAUCAAAGAAUUCAUACAGGGGAUAAACCCUAUCGGUGUCUGCAAUGUGGAAAGUGCUUCAGUCAGACGAGCAACCUCACUACCCAUCAAAGAAUUCAUACAGGGGAGAAACCCUAUCAGUGCUUGGAAUGUGGAAAGAGCUUUCGUGAGAGUGGAAAACUCGCUUCCCAUCGAAGAAUUCAUACAGGGGAGAAACCCUAUCAGUGCUUGCAAUGUGGAAAGAGAUUCAGUUGUAGCGCCAAUCUCACUUCCCAUCAAAGAAUUCAUACAGGGGACAAACCUUUUCAGUGCAAUGAAUGUGGGAAGAGCUUCAGUCUGAAUGUUAGUCUCACUUCCCAUAAAAAAAUUCAUACAGGUCAUAAACCAUAUAAAUGCUUCCAAUGCGGAAAGAGCUUCAGUCACAACACAUCUCUCACUAUCCAUCAUAGAAUUCAUACAGGGGAGAAACCCUAUCAGUGUUUGGAAUGUGGAAAGAGCUUUCGUGAGAGGGGUAAACUCACUUCCCAUCAAAGAGUUCAUACAGGGGAGAAACCCUAUAAAUGCUUGGAAUGUGGAAAGAGCUUCACCCAAAGGGCCCAUCUCAGUUCCCAUCGAAUAGUUCAUACUGGGGAGAAACCCCAUCAAUGCUUGGAAUGUGGAAAGAGAUUUCGUGGGAGGGGUAAACUCACUUCCCAUCAAAGAGUUCAUACAGGGGAGAAACCCUAUAAAUGUUUGGAAUGUGGAAGUAGCUUCAGUCGGAUGGAUAGUCUCACUUCCCAUCAAAGAAUUCAUAAAGGGGAGAAACCCUAUCAGUGCUUGGAAUGUGGAAAGAGCUUCAGAUGGAGGGUUAGUUUCACCUCCCAUCAAAAAUUUCAUACAGCAGAGAAACCUUAACAGUGCUUGGCAUGUUUAAAGAAAUAAUAAUAAUAAUAACAACAGAUACAGGUAGGUAGCCAUGUUGGUCUGCCAUAAUCAAAUCAAAACAAAACAAAAAUCUUCCGGUAGCACCUAAAAGGCCAACUAAGUUUGUUAUUGGUAUGAGCUUUCGUGUGCAUGUAUACUAUUUCAGAUACCAUGCAUGAACAAACUUAGUUGGUCUUUAAGGUGCUACUGGAAGGAUUUUUUUAAAAAAUAAUAACAAUAAUUUAUUAUUUGCACCCUUCCCAUCUGGCUGGUGUUCCACAGCCACUCUGGGCAGCUCCCAACAGAAUAUUGAAAACAUGUAAAACAUCAAGCAUUAAAUACUUACCUAAACAGGGCUGCCUCCAUAUGUCUUUUAAAAGUCAGAUAGUUUAUAUCCUUGACAUCUGAUGCGAGGGUUUUCCAUAGGGCAGGUGCCACUACCGAUAAGGCUGUCUGUCUGGUUCAUUGUAACUGCAUCCUCCAAGUGUGCCUGGAGUUGUUUGGCAACCACCCACCCAAGAAUAGGCGAUCUGAGACUGGGCGAAAGUUGGCCAUAUUGGCUGAGUCCAAAGGUGUUUUUUAAAGAAGUGAUUUAAUAACCGCCUCUUUCAGUGGGUCUGGGAGGGCUCCCUCACAAAGGGAAGCAUUCACCACCCCACAGAGCCCAUCGCCCAGCCCUUCCCGGCUCACUUUUAUGAGCCAGGAUGGGCAAGGAUCAAGGAGACAGGUGGUCGGUUUCACUCAUCCAAGCAGCCCACCCACAUCCUUGGAGAUAACAUUGAAACAGAUCCCAUGCAACUUGACUAGACAGAACUCUAGCACUCUCCCGCCUUGGCACUGCUCCCACAGUGAUGCUUACCUCUUUCUGAAUCUGAGCAACUAUAUCUGCAAAUAACUUUGCAAAAUCAUUGCAGGAGAUCUUGGGGUCCUUAGUAGAACUAGUUUAUUAGAAACUUUUUUUAAAAUUAACUUCAUACUAAAAUUAAACUAAUCCCCAGCCACAAUUAAAUUUUUAUCCCACCCCAACAGAGCAAAAACAAACCAAACAAUUUUUUUAAAAAAAAUGUCACAGAUUUAAAAGCAUUUUCGACAUUUGCCCCAACCCCAGAGUUUGUUCCUGUGAGUUUGAGCUCUUCAGGACUCAUAGCAGGGCAACGUCCCUCCGCCCUCUCAGGAAUUCAUGCCAGGGGAGAAGCUUCACCUAGAGAAACAGUCUCACUGCCUAAGGGAAUACAUUUUUUUUUUGCAUACCUCCAACUGUACAUAGAUAUACAUGUCAUUUCCAUGCUAUGCAUGCCAUGUUCAAUGCUGUAUAAGUCACUUACAUUUAUAAUCAUAUUGUACUACUUCGGCUAUCUGUUUAAUAAAAUAUUGAAUUCUUGCAUUGUGAAAAACAAAGAUUAUGCUGAAAAGUGAAAAACAUGAAUUGCAAAAACAACAACAACUAGAGUUUACAGAACAAAACCAACUUCAGGUAUGAGAUCAGCACGUUGAAAUUAGCUUAGAACAACUGCAGGUGUCAAUGCAACAAAAAUUUUGUUCCCCAGUGUUAUGAUGACAUUGGGUUGCAACUAUUACUGUGAUCCUUUGACUGGUGAAUAGGAAUGACAAGCGCAAUUUGGAAGUGUAUGCAGGGGAUUCAGGGUGGGGGGGGGCUGUCUCUUCCUCUGGCCAUUGCAGCCCCCAGGAAGCCUUGGAAGAAAGGCAGGAGACCCUCAGCAGAGAGCAGCCAAGUUUGGUUCUUCUCCUCAAUGGCUUCUUCUUCUGAGAGCUCCCUCUUUUUCUCAUGGGCUGGACUGGGAGGACCCCAGUUCAACCAGUUCCCCAGAGUCCCCCCACUGGGCUGCAGUGGCCCCCGAGACCUGCAGGGAUCUGGAGUGGGAGCGACUUCUCCUGUUGAACUACUGCCUGAGGGAGAGGAACAGACGUCUUGGCCUGUUAGGGUGGCAAGCGAGGGCCGUCCAGAAAGGGCUCCUGGGACCCCAAGGGGCCAGAAGGGGAGUCUCCAGUCUGGGAAGAGCUCCCUUUCCCCAUGGCCUGCAGGUGGAGCCCUUUUCCUAGUGCACUGACUCUUGGGGUGACGAAAAAAGCUGGUCUGGGGGUCAAACUCUCCUGAGGGAAACCUCCACCUCUGAGGAGAUAAAGCGCUUCUUAUUAUCAUUCUCCUUCUUGGGCCAACAUGGCGAGGAGAGAGGCUGCCCUGCGGAGGCCAAGACAUCAUGGCAGGAAGGUGGCUGAGGGAGUGAGCGCUGGCACCCGAAGGUGCCGCCCUCCUUCAGCCGGGAGGAGAGACCCCAAGAGUGUGGGACCCCUGAGGCCCACAGGGGAGCCAUGGCGUCUCAGGGAGAGGCUGGGGCCUCCGGAAGAAACAACAUGGCGUUCCUGCCUUUUUCGGAAAAGGGCGGGAAACGCCAUCUCCUGGCCCUGUCACCUCCUGGGCUCGUCCUGGGCCUGCCUGGCCAUGGGGGAGGGGGGAAUCCAGCUGCCCCCAAACAAUGGGGCGGGGACAUGAAGAGAAGGAAGGAUAAAUGAAGAAGCUGGGAGGGGGA